CUCGGGAGCAUGUGUUCUCCGCCGGGCUCCGGCUCCCGGCGGCCGGGGGUCCCCGCGGCUUGAACCCGCCGGCGAGGAGCCCUCUUCGGAAGCGGACCCCGCCGCCGGGCUGCGGAGCGAUGGGGCCGGCGAGGAGCUGAACGGGCGCCCGGGAAGAGGGAGUUCGCAAACCGAGCCCGAGCGGCUGGCGGAGCCCGGCUCGCCCUUUGCCCGCGCGCGUCGCCCGGGAAGUGGCCUGGCUUUGGCGCCCCCCCCCGCACCCCGACCCUUUUCUUCGGGCGGCAGGAUUUGGGGUUUUUCUCGGCGCCGAGCAGCGGGGCUGGAUCGUGGAGAGCGGCGGGCGGCAGCCCCGCGGGCUGAGGAGCGGCGGAGCCUGGGUUGACUCUCCGCCUUCGGGGGCCGGAGCCCGCAGCCCCCCGGGGGAAGGAGGGAGGGAGGGAGCGGGCAGCAGGAUGCCGAGGAGCGGGCGCUGCCCCGCGCCCCCCGCCAUGUGCGCCUUUCGCCCGAGGGGAGCCCGGCUCCUGCGCCCGGGGCUGGCGAGCCUGCCCGCCUGCUAGGCGCCCCGAGCUCGCACCGCCCGGGACUCCGCUUCUUCCUUUGUUCCAGUUUUGGCCCCUCCGGGGCAGCUUCGUGGCCGAGCCGCGGCCCGGCCCGGGCUCGCCUGAGAGCAGAAGGCGCUUGGGGCCGGUGGGGGAGUGACUUGGGGGCCGGUGAACUCCUGCGAUGUACCCCCAAGGCAGGCACCCGGCUCCCCACCAGCCUGGGCAGCCGGGCUUCAAAUUCACAGUGGCUGAGUCCUGCGAUAGGAUUAAGGAUGAAUUCCAGUUUUUGCAAGCCCAAUAUCACAGUCUUAAAGUGGAAUAUGAUAAGCUUGCUAACGAAAAGACAGAAAUGCAGCGCCAUUAUGUUAUGUACUACGAAAUGUCAUAUGGUUUGAAUAUUGAAAUGCACAAACAGACCGAGAUUGCUAAAAGAUUGAACACAAUUCUAGCUCAAAUCAUGCCUUUUCUGUCACAAGAGCACCAACAGCAGGUUGCCCAGGCUGUUGACCGUGCCAAGCAAGUGACAAUGACAGAGCUGAAUGCUAUCAUCGGGGUACGUGGACUUCCAAAUCUGCCUCUCACCCAGCAGCAGCUCCAGGCCCAACACCUCUCCCAUGCUGCUCACGGCCCCCCGGUACAGCUGCCUCCUCACCCUUCAGGCCUUCAGCCGCCAGGAAUCCCUCCCGUCACGGGGAGUAGCUCAGGACUGCUGGCUCUUGGGGCCCUUGGGAGCCAAGCCCACUUGACCGUUAAAGAUGAGAAAAACCAUCAUGACCUGGAUCACCGAGAACUGGAUCGGCAGCGUGUGCAGACUAAGGGUGAAUUGCAGAGAGCGUGUCCGCUCCCCAGAGUUCAGCGGCAGGCGCUAGGCUCUCCCGAGCGAGACUCAAAUGCAAAUAAUUCUGUCUCACCAUCAGACAGCCUGAGAGCUAGUGAGAAACACAGGAGUUCUACGGACUACAGCAUCGACGCCAAAAAGCGGAAAGCAGAGGAGAAGGACAGCAUGAGCCGCUAUGACAGCGAUGGUGACAAGAGCGAUGACCUGGUGGUCGACGUCUCCAAUGAGGAUCCAGCUACACCCCGCGUCAGCCCAGCCCACUCGCCGCCUGAGAACGGGAUAGACAAAACCCGAGGGCUGAAGAAGGAUGCUCCGAACAGCCCUGCUUCGGUCGCCUCGUCCAGCAGUACGCCUUCCUCGAAGACUAAAGACCUGGGCCAUAACGACAAAUCGUCAACGCCUGGGCUCAAGUCAAACACUCCUACGCCAAGGAACGAAGCCCCAACUCCCGGGACGAGUACCACUCCAGGCCUUCGGCCUAUGCCGGGCAAACCAGCAGGCAUGGACCCACUGGCGUCUGCCCUGAGGAACCCCCUAUCCAUCGCUGGCUCCUAUGCGGCUCCCUUCGCCAUGAUGGGACACCAUGAAAUGAACGGCUCUCUGACGAGCCCGGGGGCCUACGCGGGGCUCCACAACAUCCCGCCCCAGAUGAGUGCCGCGGCCGCUUAUGGCCGAUCGCCAAUGGUGAGCUUCGGAGCUGUCGGCUUUGACCCCCAUCCGCCCAUGAGGGGCCCUGGUCUCCCCACAAGUCUUGCGUCCAUACCCGGCGGGAAGCCAGCCUACUCAUUUCACGUAAGCGCUGAUGGGCAGAUGCAGCCGGUCCCGUUCCCCCACGAUGCCCUUGCUGGCCCUGGCAUCCCAAGGCACGCUCGGCAGAUCAAUACGCUGAGUCACGGGGAGGUGGUAUGUGCUGUGACUAUUAGCAACCCAACCAGACACGUGUACACCGGAGGAAAGGGAUGUGUGAAGAUCUGGGAUAUCAGCCAGCCGGGCAGUAAGAGUCCCAUUUCACAGCUGGAUUGCUUGAACAGAGACAACUACAUCCGUUCCUGCAAACUCCUCCCUGACGGCCGCACGCUUAUUGUGGGAGGGGAAGCGAGUACGCUUACGAUCUGGGACCUGGCUUCCCCGACGCCAAGGAUCAAGGCUGAAUUGACCUCCUCUGCCCCAGCAUGCUAUGCUCUGGCAAUCAGCCCUGAUGCAAAAGUCUGCUUCUCCUGUUGCAGCGACGGCAAUAUUGCUGUGUGGGAUCUCCACAACCAGACACUGGUCAGGCAAUUCCAAGGCCACACAGAUGGUGCAAGCUGCAUAGAUAUCUCGCAUGAUGGUACAAAAUUAUGGACAGGUGGUCUGGACAACACAGUGCGUUCCUGGGACCUUAGGGAAGGAAGACAGCUCCAGCAACAUGACUUCACUUCCCAGAUCUUCUCGCUGGGUUACUGCCCCACUGGGGAGUGGCUUGCAGUGGGCAUGGAGAGCAGCAACGUUGAGGUGUUGCACCACACCAAGCCGGAUAAAUACCAGCUUCACCUGCACGAGAGCUGCGUCCUUUCACUCAAAUUUGCCUACUGUGGUAAAUGGUUUGUGAGCACAGGAAAGGAUAAUCUUCUCAACGCCUGGAGAACGCCAUAUGGAGCAAGCAUAUUCCAGUCAAAAGAAUCCUCGUCCGUCUUAAGUUGUGACAUUUCAGCAGAUGACAAAUACAUUGUAACAGGCUCUGGUGACAAGAAGGCCACAGUCUAUGAGGUCAUCUAUUAAACAAGGAUUUUAACAGGGCUGUCAACUCUGAAUAUUAGGCUCGAGUCUGACAAGACAAUGGCAAAGUCCUUACAUUUUCCUGCAUCCUUCAGAAGAGCAGCCAUGCAUUGAGAGAGUGUUUCCUGCCAGGCUGUGUAAUGUGGAUCUUCAUGGACUCAGAGUAAUGUGCAUGGACUGAUGUAUUUCAGCAAUUUUUAUUUUAAGCCAUGGCAUAUAUGGAUUUAUUUGGCGGUCUGCAAAUAUGGCACACAGUGAAACCCUCAACAAGUUUCAUUUUGGUUUUAGGGUUUUCGUUGUUCUUUUGUCUGCGCUUUGGUGGCACUAUAAAGGACUUAUUUUUUAUUGUGACUUUUUUUUUUGCGCUCUAUAUAAGACUUGUGAAAAAUGUAAAUAACGGACUAGUAAAUAGAAUUGAAAGGGUGAGGUUAAUCCUCCUGGUACACUAGUUGUGUAUUUUUUAUUUUAUUUUUUUUUUUUUUUAAAUUUUUUUGUCUGCUGUAAUUGUAUUCCACUGAUGGGUUUGGUGGUGGCAAUCCCUCCCCCCCCCCCCCCCUAAAGUAUCCAUUUGAGAUACUACUUUGACCUGCAGCUUGUAACCAGAUUGAGCAGAGAUGUCCACUGGUGAAAGUUGUUCCUACUGUCAUACAUGUGAAUUGUUCAGUGUAUUAGUCAAAUGUUUGAACACUGUAUGGACUGAAGUUCAAUUGGUCAGAUCUUCAGAUACUGAUGUGACAUCAGCAAAACAAUCAAAUUUUUAUAUGGAUUUUUGUGCUCAUAUGUUUGAAGAAAACAGGAAGUCCAUGUUCUAAGAAACUUCUGCUCAAGCCCUUCUUGAUCUUCGGACAUAAAUGAUGAGGAAUAAUUUCAAAGAAAGCAUAGUAAAAUUCAGCUCAGGGAGCCACAAAAGAUAAUAGCAACUUAUGUGUUUUGUAUUCAAAUGAAAGUAAAGAAUUAGAAUUGAUAACCUUUUAAAAUACAAUUCUUUUUUUAAAACAAAGUUUACUAACAAGUAGGGUUUGUGUGAGGUGGGGGCGAGGUGCUGUCUCUGGGAGGGGUCUGUGGCUUUAUGGUCUUGUCACUUUUGGUAUAUUGGUUCCAACGGAGCAAAACCCAUCCCCACACAGGCCAGUGUGUCAACAUUUUGUACUAAAAGGUUAAAUAAAUGGGAAAUAAAAGUAUUUGUGUAGCAGAAGUGCUCACCCUGUAUUGUAGCAUAUGGAAGAGAAUUUUUAUACUACAUUUUUAUGGAUUAUUUUUUAAUUUUUGAUUUUAAUCUGGUCAAAAGUAAUUAGGGUUAUGGUGAAAACUACCUGUUCGAAAGCGAUAUUACAAAAGAAGAAACGGACGAUGAAGUUGGAGAUGUUCUUUAACAUUCUGUUCUUGGACGUACAUUCAGCAUCAUGUCUGAAUUGCAAGUCAUCAGCAGUACCCUCCAGCAGUAGCUAUUGGUUUGGGGUGGGGGAGAACGUAGAUUUGGGGGUGAAAGUAAACUUCAUAGGAAUUUUUUCCCCAAAGUCUCACAUUUUAAGGUUGGACUUUUUCCCCCCAGAACAAAAAUAAGGGAAAUUUCAAAGGCAAAAGUGUGUACCCCAUGAGACUUAUUAGUGGUGAUGCACCUCUGAUUCCAAGAAACUUGCCUGUCGUGCAAAAAGUGUGAAUUUUGAUUUGUUAUGCACUGUCACAAAAAGCUCUUAAGUAAAAAAAAGCAUCUUUUUAAAGAAAAGAGUGUUUUUGAAGUGCAGUUAUGUUUAGAAAAAUGACUAUGUAAAGAUGGCACCGUGUUCAGUGGAUCUGCUUUCUAUGCAUAGGAGAGUCAGAUCUGCUUAUUUUGAAUGACUGCACACUUUUACUUUUUUCUGUUCACUGUAUUGUUCCUCAGUGUGAUAGCAGAAGGAGAUGGAUUCUUUUAUGGCCUGCUCAUCAUCCGCGGAAUGAUUUUAGUAAGUUCCAGUUGCAGGAUCAUUAUUACCGGUGAUAAUGUGAGAGUGCUAAUGAACCCAGCUUGUCUCUCAGACCCCCAUGUGAAUUAAUCCAUUCAGAAUCAAUGAACACAGAGCCAGAGAGUGCCAUGUUUAGAGUCACUUUUCAGUGUACAAGCCACACUUUACAACUAACUUGGAAUGAGUUGGAAAGGCUUAGAGGGUUUUGACUUUGAGUGAAAAUUCCCACUUUAAACACCACAAGCUAAUGUCCUAAAAUGGUUAUUUGCAAGUUGGUGCUUUUUAAAUAAUAAAAAAAAAGAUAGUGGGUGUAGCUAAGUAGGCGGAGGGUUACUAAGUCAUACUGUCUCUACUUUACACCAAAGGAUGUAGCAGAAUAUGUACAGCUGUUAAUAACUACAACCGGUUUUGUUAAAAAAAAAAAAAAAAAAGAAAG